AAUCGCACCGGACAGGGUUUGGACAAACGAUCGAUUUUUUUAACUUUUUUUACCUUGGUAUUGUAAAACUAAAAACAAAACAUAAUUUAAAUAAAUAUCUUUGUGAUACUCUCCCACAAAGCACAGAAAAUAAUGAAAAUAAUGGUAUACUGAGAAAAACAGGAAUUAAAGCGAGCAUCUGGCAACCCACUGAAGGUGACGAGCGUUCGAUGUGAUACAGUUGUGGUAAGCGGAGCGUCGAGACAUCCACAUUGUCGCAUUUUUAAGCGGUGAAUGGAGCACUGUAAACGGAUUUUACGCACGUCUUUGCAUUCUCGCCCGGCUAGAAACACUUCUCGUCUGAUCCAUUACUCGUCUGUUGUGACGGAUCUAGCACGCCAGGCCUGAUGGAGUCAGGAACUCCACGAGCGCUGCGUACAGCAGAUCCCAGCCUCUCCUCGCUCCAUCACGGCCAGUCCUGAGCAUCGGGUGUUCAACUUACCCCACACCUCGCCCUAUCACCUCCCUUUUCUGAUCCCUUCCCUUGGCUCCCCAAUAGGCCCACCCACUCGCCCCCGAGAUGAUCGGCAAGCUGAAGCAAAACUUACUGGUGGCCUGCUUGGUCAUCAGCUCCGUCACAGUCUUCUACCUGGGUAGGCACGCCAUGGAGUGCCACCACCGGAUUGAGGAACGCAGCCAGCCGCUACUGAGCAGCUUGCGCACGACCCUACGUACAGGCCAGAACCUCAGUAACCCUUUUAUUUACAAUAAAGACAUGCCACUUAUUUUUAUCGGUGGCGUCCCUCGCAGCGGGACCACUCUUAUGCGGGCCAUGCUGGACGCACACCCCGACGUACGCUGCGGGGAGGAGACACGCGUCAUCCCUCGCAUUCUGGCCAUGAAGCAGAUGUGGAGCCGCUCCGGCCGGGAAAAGAUGCGUCUAGACGAAGCUGGAGUAACAGACGAGGUCUUGGACUCAGCCAUGCAGGCGUUCCUGCUUGAGAUAAUAGUAAAGCACGGGGAGCCGGCCACUUAUCUGUGUAAUAAAGACCCCUUUGCCCUUAAAUCACUUACCUAUCUGGCUAAGAUCUUCCCCCACGCUAAGUUCAUCCUCAUGAUACGUGACGGCAGGGCCUCCGUUCACUCUAUGAUCUCCCGCAAGGUCACCAUAGCCGGGUUUGACCUGAGCAGCUAUCGGGACUGCCUAACAAAGUGGAACCGGGCUAUAGAGACAAUGUACACACAAUGCCUAGAGGCAGCUGACAAGUGCCUACCUGUGCACUACGAACAGCUCGUCCUUCACCCAGAAAGGUGGAUGAGGACGCUUCUGAAAUUCCUGGACAUUCCUUGGAAUGAUGCAGUACUGCACCACGAGGAGCUCAUCGGGAAAGCAGGAGGCGUUUCACUCUCAAAGGUUGAGAGAUCCACAGACCAGGUGAUCAAGCCUGUCAACGUGGAGGCCUUGUCCAAGUGGGUGGGUAAAAUCCCCCAGGAUGUGCUGCGGGACAUGGCCGUCAUCACCCCAAUGCUGGCCAGGCUCGGAUACGACCCCCAUGCCAACCCUCCUAACUACGGCCGGCCCGACCCCCUCGUCCUGGACAACACUAGACGGGUCUUUAAGGGUGAAUUUCAGCUCCCUGAUUUUCUUAAAGAACAGACACAGCUCCAGAAGUCUCCAGAAAAGCCAAACCCAAGUUAGGAGAAGAAGAGAGAUUCAUCCAUAGAAGGCUGAGUAGAAGCAGAUGUUGUGGGACCAUGAUGGACCUACGUCACCCCCGCUAUGCUGGGACCUCCAUGCAUGGAAACACUUACACACACAGGCGUUUGGGCCCGGACCACUCUUUGGAGGACAAUUUAGCCUUUGAUGUUGUACUGUAACGAUUGUGGCCUAAGAAUGUCAUUGCUUUAGUUCAUUUUUGUGUUUCUUUUUUUAUUUUCCACACUGUACGUUUUUUACUUCUUGUUCAUUUUUUUCCUGGCAACCUGUGAUUCUGUUAUAAGAAAAUACAGUGGAUUUAAUUAGUUUAAGGAUGUAUUUAUGUUAGCGUUAGCUUCAGAAGACCCGAUCUGUUUUUUUAUUUUCAUGCCUUCGUAAUGUGCAAUUCCUUGGGUACUGAAUGAUUUGCAAGAUUUGAAUACAGUAGAAAUGCAUUUUGUUCUCUUGCAUUCACAAUGGAGUGACCUUAUGUACAUUGGGAGCGAUAAUAAAUAAGCUGUCAGUGUUAAACACGAGGCUCAUUGCUGUUUCUCCAUUGACAGAGAAGCUUGCAUCAAGCGGCAGUUGUGUGUGGAUUUCUGUUGUUUUAGCAAUUUUUGUACUUAAUUAUGAUUUAUACUUAUGUACUCAUUUCGUUACGUGAAAUAAAACCCAUCGGUGCUGUUGGCAGCCAAUGUGCUGACAUAAUCACAUUCCUAAUAGGACAAUGGGACAUUGUUAUCUCAUUCUUGCCUUCAAAUUAGCAUCAGUGAAAGAGAAAAUGUGGAUGACUAGAUAACACAGUUCAAAUAGAUGACGUUUAUUAUUUAUAGAUUAUAUAUUUUUGGUUAAACAGUUCAUGUUUGACUAUAGUGAAGUAUCUGCUUAACGCUGACGCCCCCGUGUGGUUACUUUAAUAUACUGCGAAUGUGUGACGAAGGAACCGUUAAGUGAUAUUUGCUUGUAUUUUUAACUCCCUUAAACUGAUUCGUUACUUGAUAGGACGGAAAUUGUAAGAUUAUCUUCAAAUAAAUGUGAACAAAAUGUUAAACAACAUUAGAGUUAAAAUGCAACAUAACCGUUUAAGUUGACAAAUGGGCUUUCGCUAACGUUACAUGAACGUGCGCGAGGAGAUCAGCAAGUAGCCUACUGUUGGGCCGUUUAAAGCGAACUAUACUUUAAAACAGUAACUGUAUCGUGUAUACUUGAAGGAAAAUGAAGUAUGGUUUUCUAGAGCCCUUAGUUUAAUUAUGCUGUAUGUAGAAAAAAAACAUUUUCUUGUUAUAGUUUAGAGUUCAACCGUGACACGUCUGGCCCGAAUGUAACUUCCGGUCAGUGCUAAUUAUAUAGCCAUAACAGAUUACCAAGUAAUGUUAUAUUUAAUUUAUAUUACUAUUUUAUUGUUAUAGUACUUGUAAUAAACUAAAACUACUCAACAGUUAUUGAUUCUUUGUGGAUGUCUACCAGGAGUUAAGUUUGGGCCUCAUAACGUGUUUAUGUUGUUACUGCUAAAACAAACGGUGAUCCAAAAAAAGUAAAACGAGUUUACUAUAAUUUAAGUGUAUUGUUUUGCAACAAACAUACAGUUUACGUUUUAGUAGGCUAAUUUGUUAGAAACGUCAGUGGCACAGAAACUGUAGUCCUUGAAUUGCCGAAUUUUCAAGAGGCUGCGUAGCUUUCUGAAUAUGAAAAUGUUUUAAUAUUAUUAAGGAACAACUUGUUUUCAGAAUACAUAAAUACAUAUACAUUCAAGGUAACUGAUACAUCCGUUACAAUACAUACUUCAUCAUUCUGAUGUUGGCGUCCAAACAAAAUGUACAUGUGUAUUUUAAACGAAUAGAAACCAGUGCACAACGUUGAUAAGGGACGUAACAGUCAACAAAUAACAAAGGUUUCCCACAUUCAAAUUGUACAGCUCUCCAGGUUAAUAUAUAUAUAUAUAUAUAUAUUUCUUAGAAGCACAGUCUCUAUAAGUAAAGUAAAAAAUAGCAUCUAAAAUACAGUUGACAGUACUGUCCGCAUAGAAAUCCAGGGCUUUUCUCUUUGUAUUUACAGUGCAAUAGUACACAUGGAAAGGAGGUCAACAAAUGACUUGUUUUUUUUCCACAGUAGAAAUAAAAGAAAUGAUUUGUCUCGUACACCUAAUCAACAGUCUUCGCGUUAUGAAUUAAGAUUGCACAUUUGUAUGACAAGGAUGACAUUUUAGAGGCUUUGGUACACAAGCUCGUGUCAGAAGUAAACCUUUCACGAGGGUUAAAAGAUCCCUCACACUCGCACACAUUAAACCUGAACCAAGGACAAAGGGAAUUGUCAAGAUUUGAGGCAGUGACCAGUUGUCACAUGGUAAGACCACUUUUCCCAUAAUCUCUAUCAACUGUUAUAAAAGUAUAGCUUUUUUCUAUAGGGGGAUUAUUUAGACUAUGUUCAGAAUAGAUUACUACCAUACUAGUCCCUUUUUGCAACAUGUAUACAGCGCCAAGUAUGUGAAUAUAUGCUUUAUGGAUUUACAAAUGUGCAGCAGGCAACAGAGCCCACUGUGCAAAACACUGCAUCUCACAAUGCAACAUACUCAACAUUUUCCAGUGUUAAUAAGUAAUAUUAGCCACAUUUUUACACAAAAUAGUCUUUUUUUAAAUCCGAUUUUAAAAUCGAGUCGAGUCAAAUAAGACUAAUAAUAAAGUGCAAAAAUAAAUUUGACAUGUUGCACAAUUAACAUUUGUAGCAUGCAUGUAUACACUAUACUGCAUAAGCCAGUAUUCCAUUCUGAACAUAGACAUCAAAUACUCAAAGAACGGGAAGACAGUAUAUGGAAGUGAAUUACACCUAUGAGCCUUUCCAAAAAUAUGUGAUCUGUUUUUAACAAGAGCAACUGAGACACGCACGGUAGGUUGCCUUAAAAUUCAGUGAUGCCUCAAGUUGUACCUUUUAAAAAACACUUUUGCAGUGUGAACAAAGCAUAAAAGUUUUAGAGCCCUCCCAGCCAUGCUCGGAUGUACUAGGAAAAACUGGUCUUGUGACAUUGCACUCAUCAUGUGGAAGCAGCUUGCUGACCAACGGAAGAGUCUGGUAGCAUCUUCUCAAAGAAGAUCCAGACUUUAGAACAUUAAGGGAGGUGGAGUGAAUCCUGAGUCACACCUCAACCCCUUUACGUCCUGUGUGAGGCUAAAGGAGCAUCACCGGCGUCACAGAGCGACAGAUUCAAAGUGCAAAAGUAUGGGCGAGUGUGAAACGUAUUAUGAAGGCAACGUCAACUGUUUUUAUUCCAUGAUCAGAAGAACGGGCGACUAAUCAUAAAGGCAAAACGAACAAACAAAAACAAUAAAACGAGCCAUAUAAAUACUAUAACAAGGUCAUUGGCACAGUCCUUUUGGUCACACACUGUGUUAGCGACUUCUUCGUGGCUAAGACAUUAUUUGAGGGCGAUAUCCAAGAUAACCGAAUGACAACAGCACCAACCUCCAGUGAUUUACCACUAAGCACUGAAUACUUCGAUUCGGGUCAUUAUGGAAUGGAGAAGGCUGUCGACCCGGUUUUAAUAAAACUAAAGGGACAUGAUACACUGCAAAAAAAAUGACUUUCUUACUUAGUCGUUUUUUCUUGUUUU